UCGUAUCGUAGAAAAAACUAACCCCGCCUUCCUCUCUAGAACAGAUCGGCGGCGGCAGGCGGAGACGGGGAAGAAAGACGAGAGAGAUCGAAGGGGAGAAGGCUGCCUGUGAGAUGGAAGGGGAGGCUAAGGGAGGGAGUGUCGAAUCCGGGUCGCGCAAGCGGGAUAAGCUCGACUCUGAUGGCGCGAAGCGGGGAUCGAGCAGGACGAGGAAUACCGGGAGCAUCAUGUACAAGUCUCUCCGCCUGAAACAGGCCCUGGAGAGCAAAAUUGGCCGGACCAUCGAGAAGGAGAUAGGGUUGAAGCAGACGGAGAGGGACUCUAUCAUCCCUGUUGUUGGCCAGGGAAGAAGAAGACUGAAGGAUCACAUCGAGGAGUUUGCGGUUGCUCUCAAAACGUCCUUGUUACUCCCAGAGAUGGAUGAGGGUGAGCAGAAGCAGUUCGUGGAGGCCAAGAUCCAAGAGUUCGUGUCCGAUCUCUCGGGGCUACGCAUGGAGAAGAUUGGGAAGGAGGAGGAUGAAGGCGGGGAGAUGCAAGAGGCAGAAGUACCGGAAUUCAUCAGGGGAUUCAAGGUGGGAGUGCCAAGAGCGGAGGAUUGCUUGGAGAGGAGCCGCAAAGCUAGACUGCAGACAGCGGAGAAGGAGUUCUUGGAGAGGCACCGGAACUGUAAAGCGGAAGUGGAAGGAGCGGUGGUGAUUGAGGAAGAAGGGCCAGGCGACCACUUGGUUACCGAGAUUGAUGAAGAAUCAUUUGCUGGCUACCGCGAGGGCUGGGAAAUAACAUGGGGCAAUGGCCAUGGCCAUAGCUUCGAGAAUCUGACAUUGCUAAGUUCAAUGCUUUUUACGCACUGCACACCUGGAUGCAUCCCCAUAGAUGCUGUUGUCGGGAGAACUUUCCAAGUCUACUCUGUUAGAAUCACGGAAACGAAAGGCUUCAAGUGGCCGCUGAAGGUAUACGGUGUCGUCGCGGCACGGGAUGAGGUUGAUAGGCACCGCAAUCCUCUAUUUUUGCGGUCAAGGGAGGACUGCCAGAUUCUGUAUAAAGAGGAUUCUUUUCUUCAUUUGACUGGACCGUGCCGUGCAAUUGUGUCUCAUGAACCUGUUGACAUAGAAAUCCAGCUAAGGGUAAAGGGUGCAAAAAGGUCUGUAGAUAGACCAUUGAUGAGUCAUGUUUUCACAUUCAAAGGUGAAUACUUGCAUCAUUUGCGUUCCAGCUUAGUCAAUAAUAGGAUUUGCACAAUUGAGUUGUCCUACCAACAAUUGAAGGAAUCAAUUCAGGCUACUCUUUUUGGUGUGCGUCUUGCUGAAUCAUCUCCUUUCGAUUUUGGAGUUAGACUCGUGUGUUCCUCGCUAUCUCAAGAUCCUAAAGAAGUUGUUGGGUCUGAAUUAGAAGUUGUGUUGUUUGAUUCCAAGUACGGGGAGAUGCCAAUGGAUAAUGGUUACCUCAAUUUAUCAAGGCAGGUUGUUUCAGUGGAACUAAAAGGAUUGCUGAGAGUUCAUAUCCAGACUUACACACCAUCUGGUGGUAUUGCUGCAUGUGGGGUUGUCUUCAUCACUCCUAAAACUUGCAAUACAAGUCAUCACAGAUGUGUGGUUGGUGAUUCUAGUGUGGAGUUCACUGUUGCUUGGUCCCUUCUGGUUGAAGAUGAGAUGCUCGUUUUGAUGAACGGAUGCGUUGAUCCGUACGAAGUUCUUCCACGUAUGCAUCCUGAUGUGGAGAAGCUACUGGGUUUACCUGAAUCAUCUUGGGGUUGAUGUCAUCCCUAUCUCACCUCCUCUCUAUGCAGGCAAUCAAAGUUUAGUUGUAUGUUUAUCAUUUGUCCUUGAACCAUUAUGUGUAAUCUUUGUUAGAUUUUAAAAGAGAUUGUCCGUUUACUGAUACUGAA